AGUGAUACUGACUUCAAAUCUCAUUCGUCUCAAUCAACUUGUUUGUGACUACAACAACUGUAAUUUCACAUCAUUUAUAUUCAUCAAAAUGUUGUGGUUUUAGAAGAUAUAGCCUAAUAAAGAGAUCAAAAUGCUAACUUGGAUUCAAAUUAUUAUUGCAAUCAUCGUAGUUUAUGUGAUUUUUGAAAAGUUUCGACAACGUAGAUUAGGAGGCAGUCUGCCCGGCCCGCCCACUGUCCCGUUUUUUGGAAAUGCUCUCCUUUUUCAAGGAUAUGGCAUAGAAGAUUUUGUUUGCAUUGCAAUAAGAUUGCAAGAAGAAUUCAGUAAUUUAUUCAGAUUAUGGCUGGGACGUCAUCUAAUGGUGUAUGUGGCAGACCCGGCAAGUUUAGAAACCAUUUACAAGAGCAAUGAUAACCUGAACAAGAGUAUACUAUAUGAAUUUUUCACUGACUAUUCGCGUGGUGUCGUUGUUGCUGGAGGUGAGAAAUGGCGAGGCCUAAGAAAGGUUGUAAACACGACCUUCCAUCAUAGCAAUAUGGAGAAUUAUCAGAAAAUUCUGAAUGACUGUUCGCAAAUACUAUGUCAAGUGCUCGAGAAAAAAUGUGAUGGACCAAUAUUCAAUAUGGACCCCAUCAUACAUCGAUGCAUGCUCCAAGUCAUUUGCAGUAGAUCAACUCUAUUAUGA